AUGUUAGAGCAAUUUAUUCAUUGCUUCUUGAAACCUGUCAAUGGAGAUAGGGGUUUCUAUGUUACUUUCAUAUAUGCAUUCAAUGAAAGAGGGAGAAGAAUGAAGUUAUGGGAGGAGUUGAGAAUGAUCAUCAUGACAUCUGAUCCAUGGUUACUAUGUGGUGAUUUUAACUGUGUUAUGAAUACUGAAGAAAGAAUUGGGGCACCAGUUAGAGAGGCUGAAAUGGUAGACAUCAGAGCUUGUAUGAUACACUGUGGUUUACAGGAUAUUAAAGCAUCUGGUAACUUUUAUACUUGGAAUAACAAACAAGAGGGAGUACAUAGAGUAUUCUCUAAGAUUGACAGAAUGGUUGCAAACAAAUCAUGGUUAGAUGCUUAUCCUUCUGCAGAAGCAUCCUUUCAUAAUGAAGGUGAAUUUGAUCACACUCUUGUGAUGCUGACAAUACACCCUGGUCUUAGUGGAGGGAAAAACCCAUUCAAAUACUUUACCAUGUGGAGGUCUUCUCCUAAGUUUCUGGAGAUAAUUAGAAGGAAUUGGAGGGUAGAGGUCCAAGGGACCAGGAUGUUUCAAGUUUUGAAGAAGUUGAAAAAUAUUAAGGUGGACUUGAGAAGAUUGAACAAAGAAGGCUAUUCAGAUAUUCAGGCUGCAGAUGUGAAGGAAUAUAAUAUCAUGAUGGAGGCUCAACAAAGACUACAUGGCAAUCCGAGUAAUUUGGAAUACAUAGUAGAAGAACUGGAGUCUUCUCAGAGUUAUAAAAUCACACAUCAAGCUUAUGUGGAACUUCUUUCACAAAAAGUUAAGGCUAUGUGGAUCAAGGAUGGGGAUGAAAAUACAUCCUUGUUCCAUCAGAGUAUUAGAUCCAGGAAGCUACAUAAUCUGAUUUAUAGUAUAUAUGAUGAAAAUGGAAGCUGGUGUGACAAUCCAGGAUCAUGCUCUCAUUCUUUCUUGUCAUACUACCAGAAGCUACUUGGUGGCACUAUUGCAAGCAAAACACCAGUGAUUCAGCAAUUGGUGUAG